AUGCGGAUGGCGGAACCAGCGGAACAAGCAAAGCCGGCAUCGUUCGUUCCCGGUCUAACGGCCGAUUCAUCGGAAGAGCAGGAAACAGUCUCGGAUGAUUCACAACCACCGUCCACAAUUCAAAAGACGAAGCUAAAUUCCGACUCAUCGUUUGGCUCGUUUUCUGGAAACUCACUACGAAUGAUGCGCGCAAUGGGCUACACAGCGGGCUCAGGCCUGGGCAAGUCGGGCCAGGGGCGCGUAGAUCUAAUCGAAACCUCGUCGCAGAAAGGCCGAAGCGGCUUAGGCAUGAAGUUGGAUCAACUAGAUACUGCUGCCGCACACUGGGAUGCAAAAGCAGAACAGUUGCAGAUACCGGAGACGCUUGUCUGGCUAAAGAAUGACUCGAAAACGGAUGAACCGGGCCUUAGCAGAGAUCAACUAGACGAAUGGCACAAGGUAGGUCCGCCAAAGAUGACAAUCGACAACGAGGAUAAGUACUGCGACACGGAGGUUUUACAACAAGUGCUUAAGAGUAAGAGCGUUUUUGACAAUCUCCGUAACGAAGAUAUGCGUAAGGCUCGUUACCGGUCUAAUCCGUUUGAGCUCAUUAAGAACAACAUAUUUAUCAACCGCGACGCAGUCAAGAUGGCCAACAUGGACGCGAUGUUUGAUUAUAUGUUCACACAUCCCACCGAUGAGAAAAACCAACCACUGGUGAAGGACGAGGCUUGUGAUUUGUUUUAUUUUGCGGACGUUUGCGCUGGUCCGGGUGGUUUCUCGGAAUACGUCCUUUGGCGGAAUAAGUGGCGCGCUAAGGGAUUCGGUUUUACACUAAGAGGUGCAAAUGACUUCCGGCUGGAUGGGUUUACGGCGGGAGGACCCGAAACAUUCGAUCCGUACUAUGGGCCGAAGGAUAACGGUGACAUUUUUGAUCCAGAAAACAUCAAUGGUUUCGCCGAUUACGUUAUAAAGCAGACAGAAACCGGUGUUCACCUGAUGAUGGCAGACGGUGGGUUUUCAGUCGAGGGUCACGAAAACGAGCAGGAGAUCUAUUCGAAGCAACUCUACUUGUGCCAGGUGAUCGUUGCCUUGGCGAUUGUACGCCCUGGAGGCAACUUCGUUGUGAAGCUGUUUGAUAUUUUCACGCCGUUCAGCGUUGGUCUCGUCUACCUAGUGUACCGGUGUUUCCGACAGAUUUGUAUCUGCAAACCCAACAGUAGUCGCCCAGCCAACUCAGAGCGCUACUUAGUGUGCAAAUCCAAAAAACCAAACACGGGUACGAUCGAGCGCUAUUUGCAGGACAUCAACCGGCAGAUGUUUGAAAAACGAAACACAAGCAACGAUACAUUAGAACUAGUAAACGAGGCGGUAAUGCGUAAAGAUGAGGCGUUCUAUGACUACAUAUGUGCAAGCAAUAACGAGAUUGGCCGUAAACAAAUCAUUGCCCUGAUGAAAAUAGCAGCCUUCUGCAAAAACCGAGACCUGAUGGAAACGCGCCAACUCGAAGUGAAGCAGAAGUGUUUAGACUUAUGGAAGCUACAGGAUGCGAUACGCAAAUCCGCAAACAAGGGUGACCCAGAUCAGUACGUUAAGAAGAUCUAC